AUUGACUAGUAGGAACAGAGAAAGGGAAUAGAUUUUCAGUUGUGUCGGCUGAAGAAGAAGCACACAGAUGGCGGCGAGCGCGCGUCUCCGGCUGCCGGCGGCGAUGGCCGUCCGGCGGGAGGAAGGCGCUCCGAAUUCAAAAUCUUCGCAGGAAAAACCGAGAAUUUAUCUCAACAAACCUUCAUGGAUAGUCACAACUCAGUGUGGCGCUAAGACGGAGACGAGGAGAAAGGAGAAGGGUAGAUGCGUAAUAUGCCAUGGAACUGGAAGAGUCGACUGUUUCAAUUGUAGCGGGAAAGGGAGGACUAACUGCGUGGAUAUGGAGAUGCUUCCGAAAGGAGAGUGGCCCAAAUGGUGCAGGAGCUGUGGAGGGAGUGGUUUAUGUGAAUGCUCUCGCUGUCUUGGCACCGGAGAGUACAGAUACAUUAUGGGGUUCCGCUUCUUGAACAAACACGAUGACGUUGAUUCACAGUUAUGAUUUUCUGAAAACGCUGGUGAUCAUGUUUCUUUUUGUAUACGUUUAAUGAUGAAUAGUGAAUACUUUAUAGUAUGUUCAGAUAUGGUUGCUCCAGACUUGUUUGGUUUUAGUGUGUUAAAUGUCUUGUCUCUGUCUCUGCAAGAAUGCUACAAUUAAUGUCUCUUCUCUUUA